AAUGAUCGCGGCCUUGAAGGUUGAUGGGCAUGCCGGUCGCCGGUCGAGACUUAGAAGACUGGAAAGAUGAUCAAGGGAGUCUAGCCGGCCAGAGUAUCAUACCGGUACUGUAGGGACUUACAAGACUGGAAAGAUGAUCAAGGGGAUCUAGCUGGCUAGAGUAUCAUACUGUAGGGAACUUGUCUAAGGAAGCCGACAGGGGGGCAGGCUUAGGAAAAGAAAAGCGAAAUUCGGGAAUAGAUGGAUCCGCUGAAAUGAGGGCUCGACUAGACUCCGUGCACCCGGUCAACCACAGGUGCCGGAAAAAAGACAAACAACAACAAAGAGGCCAACCAUCAUGUCCUCUGGCGCAAGUGACUUUCCUUGAACUUGAGCCCAAGAAGCCUUUUCAUUGAGUACGCUUUUAUAAUAACACAACCUUUGGGCUCCUCGUGAGUUGCAGCCACUUUUACCGAGCCAUUUUGGAGAAAUAUCACUGUCAAGCCAGGGCUUGGUUGAAGCCAAAAGAGAGGAAUGACCUCAACCUGUGUCCACUCCUAUACCAAACUGGCAACAUCAACGACCACAAAGGUUCCUUUGUCUGCUGCAAUCAACAUCAAUCCUCUUUUUGAGAUUGUUGAUGUGAUUUGUUCAGCCAUAUUUCUCAAGACAAGGUAUCAACACAACCACAAAAAGAGUUUCCCAGCACUAUCAGAUGCUAAAAAGGUCAAGAUAAAUUCUACAAAUGUGAUUCGAUGAUCGUUGGCAUGUGCCGUAGCGCUCUCGCUCCUGGGGGGGCUUUAGAAGUAUGGUCCGGUAUUUUGCUACUGGCGCAUUCAGCAAGGACUGCUAGUAGGGAAAUCAGGGGCCACAAAUUGGGGACAAGAAACACACGAGCCAAAGAUACGGUGGGCACAACGAAAAUUUCAUUGCAGUGCCCAUGUAGUAGUACCGGUGCCGGCAGUGCUGGGCUCAGGAUGAUUCGACCCAACCAAAAGUGCGGAGAUCACAACAAUCUAAUGCAUCCAAAAACAAGUGUGGAAGCAUGACGAGGACGUUGAUAGUGGACAAUGAAGCCCAGCGCUUGAACUCAAAUGCUGCAUCGGCGUUCUUUGCAGCGGUUGAACGAGCUUGUCGAAGCGUGGUUCCAACUCGUGUUGCCUUUGACUGCGAAGGAGUUUCUCUUUCCAGGAUUGGAUCUUUGGAAGUUGUCUCGCUCUGUUUCGAAGACGACAGCGGUACGGCAUUUCUGGUUGACUUGAACGUCUCCAAGCAUGGAGCAACUCCAGAACACAAUGCACGCGUUGCAGCCCUCAAACAGCUCUUUGAGUGCCCAACGGUGACAAAGAUCAUUCAUGACUGUCGCAUGGACUGCGACGCCCUUUAUCACCACUGUGGCAUCUCCCUGCAAAAUGUUCACGAUACUAGUUGCUAUCACACCGUGAUUACUCUUGAGGAUGCGGCUAGCCUCAAUACGGUCCUAGCUUACAACGGCGUCAGCAGCAACACCACACGAGACUCCACUGUGUAUCAGAGGAACCCCAACUUUUGGGCUAUGCGUCCAAUGACUGCGAUGAUGAUUACCUGGGCAUCUAGCGAUGUCGACAAGUUGCUUCAGCUUGCCUCGAGGCAAACUGCCAUCUUGACCGCUCGUGGAUUGCUCUAUGAAGCCAACGCCAAGAGUAUGUCGGCGCGAUUCGCGGGACUUUUGCCUCGAAUGUCGGUCGAUACGAGCCUUCGAUGCAGGCCUUCAGUGAUUGGAAAGUUCAUGGGUACGAAAGGCAGGAAUGUGAGGAAUCUUGAAAAAAGAUCGGGAGCCUGCAUUUAUCGAUCUCGUGGCCACGUGAAUAUGCAGUUCAUUGUCUACUAUCCAGAUCAGAAUGCCUUGUCCAUGGUUCGUCGUGCAAUGGCAGGCGUCUAGCUCGUUCGUUCCAGCAGCGAUGGCCAAGUCAUGAACGUUCAGCAACUUGCACGGCCUGAGUAGAGAAGAGUCAGACAAAUCCAGCAAACGUUGACACUGACUGGCAACACGGCGAUCUACUGCUUGACUUUAAAAUGAUAUAAAUAAUCACUCACUCACGUCUAUGAUGACAA